AGAUUUUGACAGACGGAUGUACGUUUUUCCAUUUUUAUCAAACCGGAGCAUCACAUUUAUUCUUUCAUCGCAAUCUAACCAGACAUGUUUUUCAAGCUUUUAAUAUGGUGUUUACUAGUGACAGUUGCCCACUUCCACUCAUGGUAUAAGGAACACAUCCUAAACGGAGACAGAGUCCCACAUCCGUGCUGUCCCGGGCGCGUCUGGAGCCGUGUCGGACACACUGGGCCGUCAUCAACCCCUCUCAAUGACUUUGGCAGAGAUUUUCAAAGAAGUCGUCAUCUGUUUACAAAGGAGUUGUGCUUAGCCGAUUCUGAUGGCGAUGGCAUUAGUAAUGGAGUAGAACUGGGCCUUAACACCACAGUGUACGACCUGCCAACACUAUGUCAUUUCAUUGACUCUUCUCACAUGUCAAGGAAAUUUGAGGAAGUGGUCCUAUUUCUAAAGAGAAGCAAAUUGCUGUCAACCCCCAUUGGACACCCUGGUUUUUGCGACCAAAACACUGGUAGGUGUCAACCUAAUUUUCCGUGUGGCUGUUAGUUUGUGUAAAAGAAAAACUACAACGUGGGAAUUAAAUGUAUAUUGUUCUUA